AUGGGGGAAGAACAGGAACUUGAAAUGAAGUUGAAAGAAAAGAAAGAUGAGUGUGAGAGUGAAUCCACUUCAACUAAAGCUAAAGCUAAUAAGGAAGUAAAUGAAGAGAAAGAAGAUACAAAGGAAAUAGAAGAGAAAUAUGUGCCUCAUGCACCGUACAAGCCACCAUUGCCCUUUCCUCAGAGGUUUCAGAAAGCAAAAAUAGAUAACCAGUUUGGGAAAUUCCUUGAAGUUUUGAAGAAGUUGUAUAUUAACAUUCCAUUCACAGAUGUCAUUUCUCAAAUGCCUUCUUAUGCUAAGUUUUUGAAGGAGAUUCUAUCAAAUAAAAGAAGGUUGGAAGAUUAUGAAACUGUUGCACUUACUGAGGAGUGCAGUGCUAUAUUGCAGAAUAAGCUCCCACCUAAGCUGAAAGAUCCUGAAAGUUUUUCCAUACCAUUUCACAUUGGAGAAACAAGAAUUGAGAGAGCAUUAUGUGACUUGGGGGCUAGUGUCAGCUUGAUGCCACUUUCCAUAUGUGAGAAGUUGAAGGUUGGAGAUCUAAAGCCCACAACUAUUUCUUUGCAGUUAGCUGACAGAUCUAUAAAGUAUCCAGUUGGGAUUUUAGAGAAUGUGCCAUUAAAAGUUGGGAAGUUUUUCAUUCCAGUGGAUUUUAUUGUACUAGAGAUGGAGGAGUGA